AUGCAAAAGGUAUAUAGAAGGAACAGUGGAUAUUCAUCAUGCUCUGAUUAAGAACAAGAGGAUUUUCUUUCUCAACCAUAGUUAUAAUACAUGUCUCAAAUUUAACAAGCCAAUUGGCAGAUUAAUGAAAAUAUAGUAUAAUCACUUUUAAGUGAAUAAAAAGCAAUAUCUUUAGAAGAAUAAGUGGAAGAGCAAACUGUUGUAACAAUUGAUUAGGAAAUUACGGAUCCAGAUGCACUUCAGGUUGAAUUAUUGAAUAGUGUUCAUUUAAACGUUCUCCCUCGUUAGAAAGCAAUGUAAAUCCAAGAAUAUUCACAACUCUUGCCAGUUGUUUUGCAGAUUUAAUCCUUGAAAUCACAAAUGAAGAAAUAAAGAGCCAAUAUUGAUUUGAUGUGUGUUGUCGAUGUAAGUGGAUCUAUGGACGGAGAGAAGAUUAAGUUAGUGCAGAACUCUUUGAGAUACAUCCAAAAGAUAUUGAAGCCAACUGAUAGAUUAGCAUUGGUUAGCUUUGGUACUUAAGCAGGCAUAAAUUUAUCAUGGACAAGAAAUAUAGCAGAAAAUAAAAAAAUCAUAAAGAGAGCAAUAAAAGAUAUUAAAAUUAGAGAUUCAACUAAUAUAGCAUCAGGUGUUGCAUUGGGUUUGAGGAUGAUUAGAGAUAGGAAGUACAAGAAUCCAGUUACAAGUAUGUUUGUGUUAAGCGAUGGUGUUGAUGAUGAUAGAGGUGCUGAUUUGAGAUGUUAAUAAGCAUUGCAUUAAUAUAAUAUUUAAGAUACUUUAACAAUAAACACUUUUGGUUAUGGUUCAGAUCAUGAUGCCAAAGUGAUGAAUAACAUUGCAAAUUUGAAAGGAGGAUAGUUUGUGUAUAUUGAUAAUAUCUAAAGAGUCUCUGAGCAUUUCAUAUUGGCUAUGAGUGGAAUGUUAUCAGUCAAAGCCAAGAAUGUUGUUUUGACUGUCAAAUAAAUGAAUAAUGUGUUCAAAUUAGCUAAAAUAUUUGGAGAUGAUUUUCUGUGGAACAAAAGUAGUGAAACUGAAUAUCAAUUGACUUUGAAUUACUUAGUGGAUGAAGACAAAAAGGAAUUUGCUUUAGAAAUAGAAAUACCAGGUUUUAAACAACAAGAACUCGUUUUGGAGAACAUCCUGUAAGUUGAUCUAUAAGGUGUGUUUAUUGGGUUGAAUACUGCUUUUAAGAAGACUUCUAAGUUGGAAUUAGAAUUCUCAAAAACAGAAGUGUAGUAUUAACCAAUUGAAUUGGUGGAAGUGAAUUAUUUAAGAGCCAAGGCUGGUGAUAGAAUAGGCUAGGCAAAGGGAUUAGCAAAUAGCAAAAAAUAUGAUUAGGCAAUUUAAUUACUGAAUUAAGUGAUUGAUGAAAUUGAGAAUUCCUUAUUCAAAGAGAAUAAACAAUUAGUCGUUGUUUUGAAAGAUUUGAAUGAUAUCAAGUAGAUAUGUAAGCCACAAACAUAUGAGAGAGAUGGUGAAGCCAUGAUGUUAUACAAAUAGAAGAAUCAUAUUUAAAGAUAGAGAUCUAUAAGUAUUAAUAUUUCACUAUUACUUAGAUAAUUCCGAUGAGUGGUGCGAAGAUGAGGAGGAAUAAAUGAAUCAAUUUAAAAAUGGAAAUUUAAAUUUGAGUGCAAGUUACAGUGGUGGUAGCUGCUAAAGUAUUGGAAGAGUGCAAAAUGUUUAGAUUAAAAAUGAUAGUCAAUCUGAUGGUGGUUAUGAAUAAAACAUUGAGCCAAAUGAAAAUGAGGAUGAAUAAGAAGUUAAGUCGAGUCCAAAGAUUUUGUAGAGAAGAGCAUCAAGAAGUGUAAGUUCCAAUGAUAGUCGUAAAUAGAAAAACUCGAGGGGGUCUUCUAUUGGUUGA